UUGGUUGUCUACUCCUUUUGGAAAACUCUGAAGAACAGAGUUAGGCAACUUUCACAGAAACAUUUGUGUCUCCGGAACGUCACCCAUUCCUAAGACGUAAGCCUGUGGGGAGGCCUUUGGAAGAAAUAAAACAAAAUGAGAUCAGGAAUGUUGUUGGUAACCUUGAUUGUAAUUCACAGAGCAAAAGGAAGUAAAAAUGGAGCAGGAAGACCCAGAAGGGGCUGGAAAAGAGAAAAAUUCCAAGGCUGUUCAGAACAGUCUCCAUGGCACUCAAGCUGGGGUUGGUGCCGAACUUCGGCUUCAGAAGCUUUUGAAACCAAUCAAGCAGGAACCGGAAGAUGAACUGCAGCAGCGCUGGGAAACCCAGUGGCAGACAUUCCUCAAGACCAUGCAGGCCCCUUACUUCCCAGAAAGACGCCCACAGCUGGCUCAGCCCCCAGCAGAGGAGAGUCCUAAAGAAUUUCAGUCUUCUUUUUCCUCCUUGAAGGGGAUCACAGAGACUGGGCUAUGGCCUAGAGAAGACUCGGUCAGCCAGGAGACCCGCAGGACCAGUGAGAAGAGCCCCGAUACUUCUGUGCAAGUGAAAGAAGAGAUUUGGGGCGAGGACGUGGAUGGCUUGGAGGAGCAGAGCCAGCGUUUCCAUCAGUUUUGUUACCAGGAGGCUGAAGGGCCCAGAAAUGUUUGCGAGCAGCUUCGGAGGCUUUGCCACCAAUGGCUGAAGCCCGAGAGGUACACCAAGGAGCAGAUCCUGGAGCUGGUGGUCCUGGAGCAGUUUCUGACCAUCCUGCCUGAGGAAGCACAAGGUUGGGUCAGAGAAGGCAGGCCACAGACCUGUGCCCAGGCUGUCACCCUGGCAGAGGAUUUCCUCCUGAAUCUACAGAGAAGGCAGCAGGAACUGGAGCCUUUUGAGGAGGUGAUUGUCAAUUCCCCCAAGGCAGAAUUGGAUCCAUCAGACACAGAGGACCUGGGGCACUCCAUGGAGGUUGAGCACAAUAGCGAUGGUGACCCUCCCUUGUUCAGUGACAGAGAAAGGACCCAGAGUCAUCAGCCGGAGGGAACGGAGCAUGGAGAAUUAAGCAGGAUGUCUGCAAACGACGCAGGAGGACAGGUUAGCCCAGAUCCUUGCUUUGCUUCAGGAUGUGAGAACGAGGACCAGAACCUUCACCCGAAAAGCGCCCCAAAGGCUGAAUUCAGUGACAUCUCCUUAGAAGGAGACAGAGGGACCUUUUUCCAGGUACCUGAAGUAGCAGGAAGGUCAGAAAGUCAGGAGAGGCUGAGACAUACCCAAGGACGCUCAGCCAGAAAGGUGCCCCCCAAAAAUGUGGUUUGCAAGGAAGAUGAUUCAGACAGAAGCCCCAUCCGGAAGAGGCUCCCUGAGCACGUGUCCCCAAAGAUGGCCCCAGAAUGUAGCGGCCCGGGUUUUGACCUCCCUCCACCAGCCAAGACCCUGUCCUACGAAUGCUCCUACUGUGGCAAGCAGUGGCCCUGCCAGUCCCAGCUCCGCCGGCACGUCAAAAUCCACACAGGCGAGAGGCCUCACAAAUGCACAGACUGUGGGAAGAGUUUCAGCACCAGCUCCAACCUCAGCCAGCAUAAAAGGGUGCACACCGGGGAGAGGCCCUACAGCUGCAAAGACUGCGGGAAAAGCUACCGACGCCGGGCCUCCCUGGUCCAGCACGAGCGGGAAACCUGCCGGAAGGGGAGCCACUUAAACGCUCCGGCGGUGGGGUACGUCGUGCUGGGGAACUGCGCUUUGCUGUGUAUGAAGAAAUCGGCGCAGGGUGGGAAGAAUCGUGUGAUCGCGCCAAAGGGAGGAGAGGUCCCGCUCGCAGCCCAGCCCUUAAACCUCUUAACGGGAUAUUCGCAAGAGAGAAGCCGUGCUGAAAGUUAGAGGUCCAGAGAACUGGAGUUGGAGACGGGAUGCUGCCUGGGACGAAACAGGACUCUGGGCUGGGGGAGAGGAACACAGAUGGGGGAAAUCUUCCUCGGAGCCCAACGUCUGCGGGAAAGAAUGGGCAGGGGGGGUGUUGACAAUUAGGGAAACUCUCCUGUCUCAACAUCCCUGGUGGAAACCAAAAUGCAGGACUAGGAGGACAGGCGGGAGGCUGAAAACGACCGACGGAGGGCACCGCUGGAGGAUCCUGCAAAUAGGUGGCUUGUUCGGCCUCUUGGAGGGGAAAAUGUGCAAAGAAAUACGGAGAAAGGUUCUGAUUGGAAGAAACGUCCUCUUGAAACUGGCUGGCCCUAUUGACAGGCUCACUGAGCCAUGGAGGGCAUGCCGAAGGGUGCACCGUACCCCAGCCGUGGGCAGCAGGGCUGUGCAGAAGUCUGGAUUCCAAAUGAAAAAGAAAAUUCGGAGCCGGCCCGGGCGUGGUUGUCACACUUGUCAGCAACUCCUUAAAGAAGCGGAGUCUUUUCUUGGGCUGAUACGGCUCUCCUGGAAGAAGACACCUGGUUUCAGGAUGUCCUGCCGGUGCAGUUCCAAGUCACCCGCUCUGCUCAAAAGGUGGAUUGUUGCACAGUCUUCAUAUACAGUAGGGUCUGACAAAUGCCCUGGCAGUGGUAAGGAUUAUUCUUUUGCAGGUCCAAGCUGAAAUGAUCUCUACAACUGCAAAUCACACAGGUUCACUCAGUUUGCAGAUAGAGGUUUGUACCGUGGGCGGAUCAGCUGUCACGAGUCCUUUGGAGUAAAUCCAAAACCUCGUUCAGACUCUUUCGGAACGCCAGCAGUGUGAAGAUAAGCUUUAGUUUCAGUGCACCUGGAAGGAGAAACCAUAUAAAUAUUCCAAAUUUGAGAGAC